ACUCGCUCCAAGUGUCUGCGCGUUUCUCAGCUUCGCUCCGUCAACUUUACUUCAGAUAAAGUCAUCAGCGCGCUGUGACGCACCGCGGCAGGUCGUUUCGUGGACUUUCCUCCAACAUGGAGCCUCCGGACUUCGAAGCCAUGAACUUCACGGUGCAGCAGGUGCCGCCGAAGUACCCGCUGUGUGAGGAGUGGAGGGACGGCGCGGAGGGCUCCGUCUUCCACCUGGCGCACAUCCUCCUCUUUCUCGGCUUCAUGGGCGGCAGCGGCUUCUACGGGCUCCUCUACCUCUUCACCCUCCUCACGCUGGGCUUCUUCUGCGCCUCUCUCUGGGCUUGGUCGGACCCGUGCACCACCGACUCGUUCCUCUGGACCUUCGCGCUGUUCGCCGCCAGCCUGGCGCAGUUGGUGCACGUCGCCUACCGGCUGCGGGGCGUCUCCUUCGAACGGGACUUCCAGGAGCUGUACCAGUGCAUGUUUCAGAAGCUGGGGGUGUCGCUCACACAGUUCGGGAAGAUCGUGGCCUGCUGUGAAGGAGACGUCCACACCUUGGAGCCCAGCCACUGCUUCGCCAUCGAGGGGAAGACCCCCAUAGAUAAGCUGUCGGUGCUGCUGUCUGGCAGAGUCAGUGUGACAGUGAAUGGAGAGUUUCUGCAUUACAUCUACCCGUUUCAGUUCCUGGAUUCUCCUGAGUGGGACUCUCUCAGACCAGCAGAGGAGGGCAUCUUCCAGGUGACCCUGCGUGCCGAUAACCCCUGCCGCUACGUGGCGUGGAGGAGGAAGAAACUCUACCUGCUUUUUGCUAAGCAUCGCUACAUCGCCAAGAUCUUCGCCCUCGUUGUGCGCAAUGACAUUGCAGAGAAGCUGUUCUCCCUUAAUGAUAAGGCUUUCAGCGAGUCCGGCCGCCGCUAUGAUCUCCGCUUACCAAGUUACUGUCACAUGCCAGGAACAGAAUUAGAAGGGGCAGAUGUCCUGCAAGUGCCGGUGCAGGGUGGGAGGACGGCCUGAACACACACACACACACACACACACUUGCACACACAAACACACUCUGCUCUAGGCCUAAAACACUUGGAAGUGACUCACUGUGUGUAGGAAUGUAAUGUAAAUAUAGUGUUAUUUAAGAAGGCCAAAGUGUGACUGUACCAUUUAGGGAAAGUAGGUCUCAAAUGCAGUUGUAUCAUAUUUGCUUAUGUUUUUAGAUCUCAAUAGGCAGUAGUAGGUAAGUGGAGCUGGCAGUGAUGUCAACAGUUAUGUUUCCAGGGAGUUCUAUAGAUUUAUUUGAAAAGGCUCACAUGACCGAUCAAUCAGUAGGCUACAUUACAGCUGCCUUGUUAACAAGUCCUUAUAUCGUCCCACCCAUGGGACGAUUUGGCCUAUGUUGUCUUGCGUUCAGUGUGUUUCACAUGACCUAGAUAUGUGAUGCAUUGAAAGCUCGGAAACACUUCACCAAAUCAGCCAAAACAUCCAAGUUAGCACUUGUUUAACUUCUGUUCUGUAUCUUUUUUUCAGUCAGACUUACUUGUUUGGAAUGCUAAUGUUAAUAACAAUUUUAUCUCAUAGACAAAUGGUCAAAUGGUCUGUAUUUAUAUAGAGCUUUUAUGGUAUUGAUGACAACUCACUAGACUCUGUAUAAAGAUGGACAACUCGUCUCCAUUUCCUCCCACUACCCAGAAGUGGUGCCAUAUACAAUGUGAAUGCUGCUAGUUUACACCAAAGACAUUGUUUUUUUUUAUUUUAUAUCAAAUAACAAUUUGAAACCCUACUUAUUACAAACAUCAUAGUGGUAACAGCUACCUAAAAUGGCAGAAGACAUCUUUGAGAAACAUGAUCUUGACCUCGAUUUUACCUUUUUAGUUUUGUCUCGUCCACUAACAUGGAGGCAAUAUUUAUCGUCUAUAUUGCAGGCCAGCCACCAGAGGGCGUUCAGGACACCUCUGCUUCACCUUUUGGGGAAUCGCCAUGCUGUCGAUCUUUAUAAACACAUUACAUUACAUGUCAUUUGGUGGAUGCUUUUAUCCAAAGCGACUUACAGUUGAAUGGAAGGCAUCUAGUUCUUUAAAUAGAUUAAUGGUGUAAAUUCACAGAGAGGUGCUUUCAUUGGCCAUUCAAUAUCUAGAAAUGUAAAGAAAGAAAUAAAACAUAAAGACUAAGUGUGGAACUUUUCCGAUGGCUUGGUGAAUAAUUCCUCACUAUCAUUAUUGUGGCUGAACCCAACUACAAUCUCAAAUCAUACGUUUACUGAUAGCCAGCUGCUUUGAACUGUGUACUAGACAAGCUUGUGUUCCUGUAGUAAAUAUCAUGUGUAGUUGCUGGUUUGGAGCCACUUGGCUUGACAGGUAGUAUUCAUCAUUUCUUCAUAGAAGCAGUUUAAAGUGAUUAACCGUAGUAGAUUUUGUGAAAAUGGUGUUUGUGUGUAUGUAAAUAGUUGCAGACAAAUGACACUAAAGAUUGUGCUGUUCAACUAAGGUCAAAUGAA